UCGACCUAGGAAGGCAUAUAUAUUAAUUAACUUCUGCCCGAUUUCCAUCGGGUCCGUGACUCCGUGUAGCCUUGGCUCUUACCUCUGUUCAAUUUUCUGGUUCACCUUCGAUUCAGAGAUACAUCGCUGCACAAAAAUGGUCUGCCAAAAGUGUGAGAAGAAGCUCGGGAAGGUGAUAGUGCCGGACAAGUGGAAAGAAGGAGCUCAUAACACGACGGAAGGUGGAGGGCGCAAGAUCAACGAGAAUAAACUCCUCUCUAAGAAGAACAGAUGGACACCAUAUGGAAAUACCAAGUGCAUUAUCUGUAAACAACAAGUACAUCAAGAUGCCAAGUAUUGUCACACCUGUGCUUACAGCAAAGGAGUGUGUGCAAUGUGUGGAAAGCAAGUUCUCGACACCAAGUUAUACAAGCAAAGCAAUGUAUAAGAACACAAGCUUGGCUGGUCUGACUUCUACUAAUGUCAAAACUCAAAAGACUAUGAUGCCUUGUAAUGUAAUGGAACAUACAGUAAUUGUCGAAAAUGGUGUUCUUUGCAACGCCUAGGUGCAUGCUUUCUGUUUGUGCUAAAUAACACCUUCAUUGGAUUACAAUCUCACUAUUAUCCUCAGGUUUCCUAGUGAUAUGAUUUUGUGUUUUUUUGACUCCUAUA